AUGUUUGCUGCACGGCGAUCGGCUGCUUCUGCCAGGCAGCUGCUGCGUCAGCAGCCGCGCCGGUUUGCGUCGGACGCUGCCCACGGCCACCACCACGGGCCUGUGAACGAAGGCUUCGGGCCAAGCUUCUACGUCGCCGUCUCGACAUUUGCCGCCGGAUUCGUGCUUUACCGCAUCACCAAUGGUUCCGAGGACUCGUGGGUGACCCGCCUCAUCCAGAAAUACACCCCCGACGAGAAGAUCUACGAGGAGCGAAAUGCCAUUCACACGGCAGCCUUGGAGAAGGCUGCUUCUGACCGUCACUUGUUUGUCGGCACUCCGCGCCACGACUACAUUGAUCUGCGCUGCCCAGAGGUCUUCAACAAUCACUCGCGCUUCAACAUCUCCCCCGGUUCUCAGGCCGACCUGUCCACGGUGAUUUCCCACUACGAUAACAAGAACAAGAAGAUGGAAGAAGAGCGUGUCGCCCGCAUGCAGGACGGAAAGGUUGUCAGCCUUUAUGACUAG